AUGGAGUCUCGUAAUGCCAGUUCAGGGAGUGGUGGGCAGAGUGGCCGAGAGGCUUUACCCGCCAAUGUGAUUCCGCGACACUACGAAAUCACCCUGGAGCCUAAUUUCGCCACAUUCAAGUACGAAGGGACUGUCACGAUCCACCUCGAUGUGGCGCAGGAAACGACCUCCAUCGCCUUGCACAAGCUCGACCUUGAGAUCCAUGAGACCUCCGUGCAAACCGACGAGGGGGUGGCUAUCUCCUCGCCUGGGCUUGAGUACACUGAGGCCGACAGUGUCCAGACCGUCAAACUUGAUCAACAAAUCCCGGCGGGAAAGAAGCUGAAGCUUACCCAGCGCUUCACUGGCGUUCUGAACGACAAGAUGGCCGGAUUCUACCGGUCCUCCUACAAAGACGAGAGCGGAAACCUCAAGUACAUCGCCACGACCCAAAUGGAGCCCACCGAUGCCCGCCGUGCAUUCCCAUGCUUUGACGAGCCGGCCCUCAAGGCGACCUUCACGGUCACCCUCAUCGCGGAUCAUGACAUGAUCUGCCUGAGCAACAUGGAUCCUGCGUCUCAAAAGGACGUAGAUUCCCAGGUGACUGGCGGGAAGCGAAAGGCUGUCGUCUACAACAAGACACCCCUCAUGUCCACAUAUCUUGUUGCAUUUGUCAUUGGCCACCUCAAAUACUACGAGUCUACCAACUUCCGCGUGCCCGUCAGGGUCUACUGCACACCCGAUCAGAAUGUCGAGCACGCCGUCUACUCAGCCGAGCUUGGUGCACGCACGCUAAGAUUCUACGAGGAGCAGUUCGACAACCCGUACCCUCUCCCCAAGAUGGACAUGGUCGCAAUACCCGACUUUGCCGCUGGCGCCAUGGAGAACUGGGGCCUGAACACAUUCCGAGUGGUUGACCUGCUCUUUGAUGAGAAGGCAUCAAGCGCCGCCACGAAGCAAAGAGUCACGGAAGUCGUACAGCAUGAGCUCGCCCACCAGUGGUUUGGAAACCUUGUGACCAUGGAUUUCUGGGACGGGCUCUGGCUCAAGGAAGGGUUUGCCACCUGGAUGUCAUGGUACUCGGCCAACGUCUUCUAUCCGGAAUGGAAGGUUUGGCACAGCUACGUGGUGAAUGAUCUUCAGUCUGCUUUGAAUCUGGAUUCUCUCCGCAGCUCUCACCCGAUUGAAGUACCCCUGAAGCGGGCGAGCGAGAUCAACCAGAUAUUUGAUGCAAUCUCGUAUCAAAAGGGCUCCUCGGUUCUGCGCAUGAUUUCGGUCUACCUAGGAGAGGAGGUGUUUCUUAAAGGCGUCACCCAGUACUUGAAAACACAUGCCUACGGCAACACCCAGUCUAUCGAUCUUUGGAGAGCCCUAAGCGAGGCAAGUGGCGAAGAUGUUGAGCGUCUCGCAGAUAUUUGGACCAAGAAGGUUGGGUAUCCAGUUAUUACUGUGACGGAAAGUGGCACUGAUGGCAAAGUCCAUGUCAAGCAAAACCGCUUUCUACGAACGGGGGACGCUAUACCUGCUGAGGAUGAGGUGCUGUACCCGGUGACACUCAGUCUUUUGACCAAAGGCGGCCUCCAACGCAAUAUUGUGCUCAACGAUAGGGAAGCCGAGAUACCAAUCCCAGACACUACCUUUUUCAAAUUCAACUCUGGUCAUUCUGGUAUUUACCGGACUCUAUAUACCCCAGAGCGGCUGCAAAAGCUAGGGCAAAAUGUCAAGUCAGGCUUGCUGGGUGUCGAGGACAGAGCCGGUUUGAUAGCCGAUGCCAGCGCUCUGACAGCGGCUGGCUACCAGGAUUCACCAUCACUCUUGUCACUGCUUCAGAGUUUCGAGUCCGAGGAGGCUUACAUUCCAUGGAAGGUCAUAACCGACUCCAUUACUAGUCUUCGACAAGCCUGGGUCUUUGAAGCCGACAAUAUCAACGCGGCGCUUGAGUCGCUCGAGCAAAAGCUGAUUGCUCGUAUUGCCGGUAAGAUUGGCUGGGACAUCACUGAGAAGGACGACCAUACAGUCCAGCAAUUCAAGGCCCUCGUGUUCUCCAAAGCCGCCAUGAGCGGAUACGAACCGGCCAAGGCGGCUGCUUUUGCCAUGUUCAAGGAAUUUACGCAAGGCAACAGAGCCGCCGUCCAUCCGAAUAUGCAUUCGGGCGUCUUUACCACUGUCCUCAAGUACGGAGGCGAGGCUGAAUACGAUGCGCUGCUAAAGGAGUACCACACAGCAAAGCAGAGUAGCGAGCGGAACACCGUGCUUCGAUGCCUAGGUUACGCAAGGAAGCCUGAGCUUAUCCAGCGUACUCUGGAUUUUGCCCUGAGCGACGAGGUCAAGACCCAGGAUAUCUACAUGGUCAUUACCGGACUCCGAAGCCACAGGGCCGGCAUCGAGGCUCUGUGGACUUGGAUGAAGUCCACUUGGGAUGUCAUGGUGAAGAGGCUACCGUCAGGAAAGCAGUUGGGCAACUUCGUUGUUAUCUCGACCAGUUCAUUGACGAAGCAAGACCAGCUCACCGAGGUAGAGGCAUUCUUUGCGGACAAGAACACGGACGUUUUCACUCUGGACCUUGCGCAGAGUCUGGACGUUAUUAAGUCGAAGCAGAAAUGGGUUCAUCGUGACGGGGCUAAUGUUGCGAAAUGGCUCGCUGACAACGGGCUUUUGGAGUAA